AUGGGACUCAGUUGGAAGGAGAAGGUGGUUACCAGCCUGACAACUUUCCUUCGGAUCAGUUGGAUCUUGUGUACCCGGGUGCAGAUGACACUGGCACUCCAAAACAAAAAGGAGAAUAGAUUAGUGUGCAAUGUUAAUCUCAAGACUUACAACGUGGCUGGAAAGCUGGUUGUUUGCUGGAAUGCAAUUUAUGACCCUGUUGAAACUGGAAAGAAGGUGAAGAAAGCUGGUGGAGCAGGCAUGAUACUAGUCAACACAUGGCCGGCCGGCAACACCACCUCACCUGAGCCACACGUACUUCCGGUGGCCAACGUUGGCUUUGACGCCGGUCAAAAGAUUGUGACUUAUAUAACAAACUCCACUGCAAACCCAACAGCAUCAAUCAGUUUGGACGGCACACAGCUCGGUGUCAGGCCAUCACCGGCCGUCGCAAGCUUCUCAUGCAGAGGUCCAAGCAAGAUGAACUACGGUAUCAUAAAGCCGGAUAUUAUUGCCCCCGGAGUGAACAUCCUCGCUGCAUGGCCACAGAGAGUAGGGCCAAGUCCCACCGGUUCUUACUCUAAAUUCAAGUUCCUCAGUGGCACAUCCAUGGCCACACCUCAUGUUUCUGGCAUUGUUGCACUCCUCAUGAACCUUUACCCAAGCUGGUCACCUGCUCGGAUUAAAUCAGCUCUCAUGACCACAGCUUAUGCACUCAACACCAAUGGAGAACCCAUCAAAGAUGAGUACAGUGGAAAUGCCAGUGUUUAUGCUAUGGGUUCAGGACAUGUGGAUCCAUUGGCAGCUGUUAAUCCAGGUCUGGUUUAUGAUCUUCAGUACUAUAACUAUGUGCAUUAUCUUUGUGGCACUGGGAUGGCAGACUAUCAACUGUCAGCCAUAAUCCGGACUACAGCUAGUUGUUCUCAGAUCAAUGGGAUUCCAGUGGAGCAGUUGAACUACCCUUCUUUCUCAGUGAAGUUGGGAGCAGGGAACCCUGUGACUGUAACUAGGAUUGUGACUAAUGUAGGAGACGCUAAUUCUGCUUAUCAGGUUGAGUUUGAUGAACCGGAAGGGGUGAACAUUGCUGUUAAUCCAACCACACUUCAGUUCAGUCAGAAAGAAGAGGUUGACGUUUGA